ACCCCACCCCUCCCGGUUCGGCCGGGGGCAGCUGGAACCGGUUGGCGGCCGCGGCGCCCCCGUCCCCCGGCGCUGUCAGGCGGCCCCGGCGGCGGCAGGACGGGCAGGGACCCGGGCGGCGCCGCCCGCAGCCACGCACAAGGCGCUGGGACAGCCGGAGCGGUGCUCAGCCAGGAGAUUUCAGCUAUCCUAAGACAAAAGUUCUGCAGGUAUGACCUCUUCUCAAGUCACCUUUGAAGUAAGAGGACCGUCAGUACCAGGAGAGGUUUUUGCUAUAUGCGGGAGCUGCAGUGCUUUGGGAAACUGGAAUCCACAAGCUGCAGUGGUCCUUCAGACUGAUGAUCGUCAAUUAUGGAAAGCUACUGUAGAGCUUCUUAGAGGAGUUCCUGUUCGGUACCGGUAUUUUAAAGGGUACUUCCUAGAACCUAAGACUAUCGAUGGUCCCUGCGAAGUCAUAGUUCACACGUGGGAGACUCAUCUACAACCACGAUCAAUUACCCCUUUAGAAAAUGAAAUUACUAUUGACGAUGGAUACUUUGGAAUCCGUAAUGGUAUUGAAACUGUGGAUGCUGGGUGGCUGACGUGUCAAACAGAAAUAAGAUUGCGUCUACAUUAUUCUGAGAAACCACCUGUAGUGAUAUCUAAGAAGAAAUUUAAAACAUCAAGGUUCAGAGUAAAAUUGACUCUAGAAGGCCUAGAGGAAGAUGAGGAUGAUGAAGAAGGCCAAGAGAAAACAUCCCCUACUGUCCCUCAGAAAAUGGCAAACACUGUGGAGUUCUCCUUAAUAAGUAACAACGAAUAUAAAUGUCGACACUCUCAGCCAGACUGUGGUUAUGCUUUGCAGCCAGAUCGAUGGAUAGAAUACACAAUACAAACCAUGGAGCCUGAUAACUUGGAAUUAAUCUUUGAUUUUUUUGAGGAAGAUUUAGGUGAAAAAGUAGUACAAGGCGAUGUGCUCCCAGGUCAUGUAGGUUCUGCCUGCCUCCUGUCAUCCACAAUUGCAGAACUCGGAAAGAGUGCUGGAAUUCUUACACUUGCUAUUAUGAGCAGAAAUCCAAGGAAGACAAUUGGAAAAGUUAGAGUGGACUACAUAAUUAUUAAGCCGAUCCAGGGAUACACUUGUGAUAUGAAGGCUUCAUACGCAAAAUAUUGGAAACCAAGAACAACUCUAGAUGUUGGACACAGGGGAGCAGGAAAUUCUACAACAACAGCUAAACUUGCUAAAGUUCAAGAGAAUACUAUUGCCUCUCUGAGGAAUGCUGCUAGUCAUGGAGCAGCAUAUGUGGAAUUUGAUGUGCAUCUUUCUAAAGAUCAUGUGCCUAUUGUCUACCAUGAUCUCACAUGUUGCAUGGCCAUGAAAAAGAAACUGGAUACGGAGCCUUUGGAACUGUUUGAGAUUGCAGUCAAAGAACUCACAUUUGAUCAGCUGCAGUUAUUGAAGCUGGCUCACGUGACUGCCCUGAAGGUAAAAGACCACAAUGCAUCUUUUAAAGAAGAAGAAAACUCUGCUUUUGAGACCCAGCCAUUUCCUUCUCUGCAGAGAGUCCUGGAGUCUGUUUCUGAAGAUGUUGGGUUCAACAUAGAAAUAAAAUGGAUCUGCCAACAAAGGGAUGGACAGUGGGACGGCAACUUGUCAACUUACUUUGAUAUGAACCUCUUUCUAGAUAUUAUUCUAAAGACUGUUUUGAUGAAUGCUGGAAGAAGAAGAAUUGUAUUUUCUUCUUUUAAUGCAGAUAUUUGUACAAUGGUUCGGCAUAAGCAGAACAAGUACCCUGUGCUAUUUCUCACCCAAGGAGAAUCUAAACUCUAUCCAGAGCUUAUGGAUCUUAGGUCUCGUACAACUCCAAUUGCCAUUACUUUUGCACAAUUUGAAAACUUGCUGGGAAUUAAUGUGCACUCUGAAGAUCUGCUGAGGAAUCCGUCAUUUAUUAAAAGGGCCAAAUCUAAGGGCCUAGUUAUUUUUUCAUGGGGUGAUGAUGCAAAUGACCCAGAUAACAGGAAGAAGUUGAGAGAAUAUGGUGUUCAUGGGCUAAUAUAUGACAGGAUAUACGACUCAAAUCCUGAACAACCAAAUAUAUUCCAGGUGGAGCAGCUGGAACGGCUCAAGAAAGAAUUACCAGAACUGAAAAGCUGUGUGUGCCCCACAGUUAGCCACUUUAAAUCCAUAUCUCCAUGUAAAUGUCAUCAUAGUUGCCUGGACGAGAAAGCUGUGGAUAACUUGAAGAGUGUUCAAAUGCAAAAGGACUAACUGUAGGCAGAAUGCCAUGUUGUAUCUAACAUCCACCACUGGAACAGUGCUGUCCACGCCUUCAGGUUGGUUUGUUUGCAGUCCCCGAAUAGCAAUAACAGUGUUUCUCCUUCCUGGCAGUACUUGCUAAAAUUUCAAACAAUGGUAAAAUAGUCAGCCAGUUAUUGUUCCAAUUUACGUACACAGUUUUAACUUUUUCAAGAUUUGCAACUUGAUUAUAGGAAAAAGAAAAUGAAGUAUUAACACUAAGUAUGUGUUUAAAAAUAACAGAAAACCAAGCCAUCUGAGGACUGGGAGGGAGUGGAAGCUCAGAAACUAAAUUGUAGGGAAGUUACAAUGAUCUGAUGCUGAAUAUGCUGAGAAAUUGUUUUGACUUUGAUUUUACUUCAGUGCUACAAGUUGUCAGCCUGUAGCUGACAACAGGAAAUUUGAGAGUGCGAUUGUAAGAUACGUAUAAUUAGAUCUGGCCUGAAUAAAUUGGUACCUCAUUUAUAUGUAUUUGCACCGAUACAUCCACAUCCACCUGUACAAAGCUUUGUGCCAUUUUAAAAUACCUAUAUAUUUUUAAGUAAACUGCAAUGCAUAUUAACUCCUCUUUUUUUUUUUUUUUUUUUUCCUUUUUCUUUUUUCCUCCCCACUUCAUGGCACACUUAGGCUGCUGCUAUUGUUUUCUCAUUUGCCAGUUUAGUGAUGCAGUGUCUGUGUAUAGCAGUCAAAGGUGAGGCACCAGUAUGAUUUUUUUUUUCAUUAAUCUCACACAGGCUAAACUUUAGAAAUGUUGAUAAUAAUUUUAGCAGAAUUACAGAAACAUCCUCAGUGUCUGAGAAUCUUUCUUGCACUGUAACCUUAAUAAACAGAAUAGGUACCAUGCACAAACUCUACAAAAUGCAUGCUUUCGUUCUUAAGCAUGAAAUUUAGGUGUUUGCUGAGGCCCUUGCAUCUUUACGGUGCUAGUUAUGUGUGAAGGGUGCAAGGACCAGCUCAACUACUUAAUCUUCUUUGCCUAAAACCACAAGCCUAUUAUUCACAAACAUUUGAAGAAAAGGCUGUGUCAUACAUGGUUUGUCUUAUUUACAUAACACAAGCUACUAGCGCUUGUAUUUUGCAAGUUUGGGGUUGGUUUUUUGUUUGGUUUGGUUGGGUUUUUUCCUUUGUUCUUUGGAACAAGAAUCACCAAUGUACUGAAUUCAGAAAAUCGGUAUUCUGUUGGCUGGUAUCUAUCCUCUGUAAUUUAUUACAAAGUCAUUGUUUAGAGUUCUUAAUAGAUACGUAUGCAUGUUCUUUUUCCUCCUGAAGUUGCAGGUCAUGCCAACACAACAGCUGUAACUUUCUACUGAAGUGUUAAUGUAUAAUAAGAAUGGAAAAUAUUUAUUUUUUUCUCUUGUAAAUGGACAAAACAGUAUGUACUAUAUUCUUUAUAUACAAUCAUUGCUACAUAGAACUGAUUGUACAAAGAGUAAAGCCAUUGCAAGUAAGUGCUAGAGCCUGCACUGCCGAGUAGUUCGAAACAAGCAGCUUGUUUCAACUUGCCUUGUGCAUUUUUGUAUUUAAAGUUUGUUUGUCCUGCACAAACAGCACAGUAAUGACUAGGUAGCUGGAAGCUGUCUUUUAUUUAAAAAAAAAAAAAAAAAAAAAAAAAAGAAAAAAACAAACCCAAACCC